AUGAAACUUAAGGAUAUCCCUCGUACCGCGACUUUUGCUUGGAGUCCCGGUCAACAUAUACCCAUAAUUGCCACGGGUACCGUGGCAGGAGCUCUCGAUGCUUCCUUCUCAAACACCACCGAAUUAGAAUUGUUUCAUUUAAAUUUAGAUAAAAAUGAAGCUUUAGAAUUGCAACCCUCUGGUGUAGUCAGCAGUAAUGCAAGGCACGUGCUAUCUUUUUUUAUUUCUGAUAUUUAUAUAUUGGACGAUCUGAGUUCCAAUGUUUUGGUUUUCCGGUUUGAUCGUCUUGUUUGGGGUAUUUCUGGUGACAAAUCAUACGGGAUUAUUGCCGGCGGUAUGGAAAGUGGCGAGUUGGAUUUAUGGGAUCCCGCAAUUAUUUUGGAGGGCGGCGAUAACGAAAAAGCAUUAUUAUUGCGUAAUACGUCACAUUCCGGAAAUGUUCGCGGGUUGCAAUUUAACCCUUUCCAGAACAAUUUAUUAGCAUCUGCUGCAACGAAUGGCGAAAUAUUUAUUUGGGAUCUAACUAAACCAGAUAAACCCUAUACUCCUGGUACGAGAUCACCAAAGAUGGAGGAAAUCACUCAUUUGGCUUGGAAUAAUCAAGUGCAACAUAUUUUGGCAACUUCUUCUACCACAAGUUAUACUGUAAUUUGGGAUUUAAAAAACAAGCGUGAGGUCAUGCAUUUAUCCUAUGCAGGACCUUCAGUUUCAAACGUGACCACCAAUAUAGGCAGAAGAAGUAUUACAGCAGUUGCCUGGAACCCUGAUAUGGCAACUCAAAUAAUAACUGCCUCAGAAGAUGAUAGUAACCCAGUAAUUGCAAUAUGGGAUCUUCGUAACGCCCACGCACCUGAAAAGAUUUUAACAGGUCACCAAAAGGGUAUUUUAUCACUUUCUUGGUGUACAAAAGAUGCUGAUUUGUUACUUUCAUGUGGAAAAGAUAACAGAACUCUAUGUUGGAAUCCAGGAACUGCUGAAAUAAUAGGAGAGUUACCCCCAAGUUCGAAUUGGGCUUUUGAUGUACAAUGGUGUCCUGGAAAUCCAGAUUUGUUGGCUUCUGCAUCCUUUGAUGGCAAGAUUUCCAUUCAUUCCCUACAAUCUAGUCAAGAUAAUAAUGAAAUAACCAGCAUAUCAGACAAUAGUGAUCCUUUUGCAAUUUCCCCGGUACAUCAACCGUCUCUUUCAUUAAAGCAACCUCCCAAAUGGCUUAGAAGGCCAGUGGCAGCAAAUUUCGGCUUUGGUGGAAAACUUGUGGCAUUUAAGUCUUCCGCUGGCCCCAAUAAACGUACUGUAACGAUAUAUACUAUAGCCUCAGAACCUGAGGUUAUACAAAGAUCUCUUGAAUUAGAGUCAGCUGUGGAGGAAAAUUCACUCAGUACUUUUUGUAAAAAUCGAGAAAAGAAUUCAAAAAGUGAGUUCGAUGAAGAGAAUUGGAAAAUCCUUCACACAUUGUUCAAUGAUAAUGAAAAUGCACGAGAAUUAUUAGUUAAACAUCUCGGAUUUUCCAAGGCUGAUGUAAUUUCACAGAUUUCAACUGCGGUAAAAUCUUUAGAAUUAAAUAAAUCCCAACAAGAUGAGGAUGAUAAGGUUUCUUCUGAAUCAACGAAUUUUGUAGAUCAAGAUAUCGUAACUAAAUCAGAGGUUGAUGCAACUUCAUUAGAUGAAGGGCCAAGUGAAACAAAAUCGGAAAAUAUAGAACUUUUUUCGUCCAAUGAUUUGGGCGAACCAUCCCAUGCAUCAGAUUUAUUUAGUUCAGAAGUCAUUCCCGAUGCAUUUCCUAUACAAAGUGAGAGUUUGGGAUCUAGAGAUUCUUCAUCUUUCACAGCCUUUAAUCUAGGAUCUUUUAAAAUUUAUCCUUUACAAGGAUCAGAGGUAGAUAAAUUAAUCACUAGGUCAAUAGUACUUGGUGACUUUGAAUCAGCAGUUAAUUUAUGCCUAGAGACAAAUAGACUAUCAGAUGCAGUUCUGUUAGCGGGUUGUGGUGGACCAGAACUUUUACAACGCACACGAAAAAUUUAUUUCGAAAAGCAAAUGUCAACAGUUCCAUAUUUGCGUUUACUUCAAAGUAUUGUAUCAGGUGAUUUAUCAGAUAUUGUUUUUAAUGCCGAUUUAUCAGAAUGGCAAGAAGUUCUUGUAGUCCUUUGCACAUUUGCAAAAUCAGAAGAAUUUGGAGGAUUAUGUAAUUCUUUGGGUCAAAGGUUAGAAAAAGAAUAUAAAAAGUUAACUGAACCAUCAUCAAAUAUGGAUGAUAAAUCAAAAGGUUUGAGUUAUAGGAAAAAUGCAGUUUUGUGUUACCUUGCUGCUGGGAAUUUAGAAAAUGUUGUAAAUAUUUGGAUUACUGAACAAGAAGAGGAAGAGUCACAAGAAUUUAAGAAUGAUGAACAAGGAGAGGAAUCUAUAUUUUCAGGAUCAAGAUAUUCAUGUCGAGCUAAAUCACUUCAGAGCUUAAUUGAGAAAAUAGCAGUAUUUCGAAAGGCUAUUGAUUAUGUUGAUACAUCCUUGGUGAAAAGUUUGGAUUUAUCUAGUGAAGGAGAAACCAAUCAACAAUAUGAUUUGUCAACGCUUUAUGAUAAAUAUAUAGAAUAUGCCGAAUUACUUGCAGCACAAGGUCGAUUAAAUACGGCACUCAAAUAUUUAAAUUUAACACCAUCCGAUUAUAAAAUUAAUAGUAAUGAAUCAUUGAUAAUUAGGGAACGAUUAUAUCAUUCUGGUAUUGAAGUUAAAGGCACAAAAGAACCUUUAGCACCAUUUUUACCAGUUUUUGUAGAAUGUACCACGAGCAGUAUAUCAACAACAACCAUAUUAUAA